AAUGUUCCAAUUGUUAAAGAAAUUAAAAAACAAUGUCUUUUUUAGGACGUUUUUAGGGAUGCAAAAGUCACACUCAAUUGAGAAUGCCUAAAGCCAAAGCAUUUCUGAACAGACGACUUAGGUAAUGCUGAGGAACCUUAGUCACUGAUGGUCACUGAUUAAUCUAAUCGGAAAUUGGUUGGGGUUACGGGCUUUUUUCUGACAGUUUCUCCCACGGUCUCGAUUUCAUUCGUAAGAGUGAGCGAUUUUAAAUGUCAGAUUCAACAAUUUCAAUAUCGAUACGUGUUACAAUGAUUGCGCCGGAGACAUAAGCAGGACGUAAAACUAUUCAACAUCCGGAGUAUACUUAACCUUCGGAUCUGUAUUUUUCUUCUGGAAGAUAUCUUUACUUCAAAUAGAUCGAGAUGACGACCGACAAAGUUACUUUGGGCGAUGCUCUAUCGAACGUUGAUGUAUUGGAUGAAUUUACGCUACCAGAUGAGCAACCUUGUAUAGAAGCUCAACCGUGUUCUGUAGUGUAUCAAGCAAAUUUUGAUACCAAUUUCGAGGACAGAAAUGGUUUUGUAACGGGUAUUGCAAAGUAUAUAGAAGAAGCAACUGUACAUGCAAGUUUGAAUGAAUUAUUGGAAGAAGGCUUGGAGCAUGCUGUUAUGUUAUACACAUGGAGAUGUUGCUCACGUGCAAUCCCGCAACCAAAAUCUAAUGAACAGCCAAACAGAGUGGAAAUCUAUGAAAAGACAGUAGAAGUGUUGGCACCUGAAGUGAAUAAGUUAUUAAACUUCAUGUAUUUUCAAAGAAAAGCAAUUGAACGAUUUUCUGCAGAAGUUAAACGAUUAUGUCAUCACGAGAAAAGAAAAGAUUUUGUAUCUGAAGCAUAUUUGUUGACUUUAGGGAAAUUCAUCAAUAUGUUUGCUGUAUUGGAUGAAUUAAAGAACAUGAAGUCUAGUGUGAAGAACGAUUAUUCUACAUACAGAAGAGCUGCACAGUUUUUGAAAGUAAUGUCAGAUUCUCAGACACUGCAAGAAUCUCAGAAUUUGUCUAUGUUCUUGGCGACACAAAAUAAAAUUCGUGAUACGGUGAAAGAAAAUCUAGAAAAGAUUACAGGAUACGAAGAAUUACUUGCGGAUGUUGUCAACAUCUGUGUUCAUAUGUUUGAAACUAAGAUGUAUCUUACACCUAACGAGAAGCACAUGUUGGUGAAGGUGAUGGGCUUUGGUUUAUUCUUGAUGGAUAGUGAAUUGUGUAACAUUAAUAAGCUCGAUCAGAAGAAGAAAUUAAAGUUGGAUAGAAUUGAUAGAAUUUUCAAGAAUUUGGAAGUGGUACCGUUAUUCGGAGAUAUGCAAAUCGCGCCGUUCAACUAUAUCAAACGUUCGAAACACUUUGACGCAUCCAAAUGGCCGUUAUCCGCCUCGUCAAAUAGCAUGAGUCCGCAAGCUGAUCUUAUGGUGCAUCUUCCUCAGAUCAGAGAAGAUCAUGUAAAAUAUAUUAGCGAAUUGGCAAGAUAUAGUAACGAAGUCACUACAACAUAUAAGGAAUGCCGAAGCGACAUAGAAAAUCGGGAUACCUCGGAACUGGCAUUACGUGGAUUGCAAUUACUCUCGCAAUGGACAAGUGUUGUAACAGAAUUGUAUAGUUGGAAGCUACUGCAUCCCACUGACCAUCAUAUGAAUAAGGAAUGUCCACAAGAAGCUGAAGAAUACGAACGGGCUACACGUUACAACUAUACGGACGAAGAGAAGUUUGCCCUUAUAGAAGUUAUAGCGAUGAUUAAGGGACUGCAAGUAUUGAUGGCACGUAUGGAAACUGUUUUUAUUGAUGCAAUACGUAGAAAUAUAUACGCCGAAUUGCAAGAUUUUGUACAACUUGCAUUGCGUGAACCUUUGAGGAAAGCGAUUAAAAAUAAGAAGGAUUUAAUCAGAAGCAUAAUCGUUUCAGUUAGAGAAACAUGCGCCGAUUGGCAUUUUGGAGUGGAACCAUUCGGAGAUCCUGCUUUGAAAGGCAAGAAAGAUCCAGAUAAUGGAUUCGGCAUUAAAGUCCCGAGAAGGAACGUUGGUCCGUCUUCUACACAACUUUACAUGGUACGAACCAUGCUGGAAUCGUUGAUUGCCGAUAAAAGCGGUGGAAAGCGUACUCUGAGGAAAGACAUCGAUGGCCAGUACCUCGUCCAAAUUGAUCAAUUCCAUAAAACCAGUUUUUAUUGGAGCUACCUUUUAAAUUUCAGUGAAUCUUUGCAAAACUGUUGCGAUUUGUCACAACUGUGGUACAGAGAAUUUUAUUUGGAAAUGACAAUGGGUAGAAAAAUACAGAAAUGCCAAGUACGUCACCAGCAUAACGAAGAGUGCAGCGAUUUGAUCACCAUGGAGAAACGCAUUCAGUUUCCCAUCGAAAUGUCUAUGCCGUGGAUAUUGACCGAUCAUAUAUUGAGAAGUAAGGAACCGUCGAUGAUGGAGUAUGUUUUGUAUCCUCUAGAUUUAUAUAAUGACAGCGCGUUAUACGCACUGACAAUAUUUCGCAAGCAAUUUCUCUAUGACGAAGUGGAAGCAGAAGUGAAUCUGUGCUUCGAUCAAUUUGUUUACAAGCUUAGCGAACAGAUUUUUGCGCAUUACAAGCAGCUGGCAGCUAGCAUUUUGUUGGACAAGCGAUUCAGGGUGGAGUGCGUGGCUCUCGGAGCCUACCUACUUCCAUACCCACGCGCUAAUAGAUACGAAACAUUGUUGAAGCAGAGACAUGUUCAGUUAUUGGGAAGAAGUAUCGAUUUGAAUAAACUUAUAACGCAACGCAUUAACGCGGACAUGCAAAAGUCGUUGGAUUUGGCCAUCAGCAAAUUUGAAUCCGGCGACAUAACUGGAGUCGUGGAACUGGAUGGACUGCUACAAGUCAAUCGUCUUACUCACAAGCUUUUAAGCAAGUGGCUCGCGUUGGACGAGUACGACGCCAUGUUCAGAGAGGCGAAUCACAAUGUUCUAGCUCCAUACGGAAGAAUCACUCUUCAUGUGUUCUGGGAAUUGAAUUAUGAUUUCCUGCCAAAUUAUUGUUAUAACGCUGCCACAAACAGAUUCGUCAAGUGUCGUGGCCUACAAUUUGUCCAGCCUGUUCAUAGAGAUAAACCUCCGCAAAUGUCCCACCAUUAUCUCUGGGGUAGCAAGCAAUUAAAUCUCGCUUACAGCACUCAGUUCGGCCAGUAUUCAGGGUUCGUCGGCCCGCAUCACUUUCGCACCAUAUGCAAGCUCCUUGGCUACCAAGGGAUAGCUGUCGUCAUGGAGGAACUUCUGAAGAUUGUCAAGACCUUGAUCCAAGGGAGCUUGCAUCAAUUCACGAAGACUUUAAUGGAGGCGAUGCCUAAAGUUUGCAAACUUCCGCGGUACGAUUAUGGCUCGCCUGGCGUUUUGGGCUAUUAUCAUGCUCAGUUGAACGACAUUGUGCAAUAUCCCGAUGCUAAGACCGAAUUAUUUCACAAUUUUCGUGAGUUUGGCAAUACGAUCCUAUUUUGCCUUUUAAUGGAACAAGCACUGUCGCAAGAAGAAGUGUGCGAUUUAUUGCACGCGGCACCAUUUCAAAACAUCCUACCGAGACCCUAUUGCAAAGAGGGAGAAAAACCCGAAACCAAGCAGAAACGAUUGGAAGCGAAAUAUGCGGCUUUGCAAAUCGUUCCGAAUGUAGAUAAAUUAGGCACCGCAAAACAAGCAAUGAUUGCCAGAGAAGGGGAUCUGUUGACGCGCGAACGAUUGUGCUGCGGUUUGUCAAUAUUCGAAGUUGUACUCAGCAGAUUACGGAGUUUUCUCGACGAUCCCAUCUGGGUCGGUCCACCGCCAGCCAACGGUGUGAUGAAUGUGGACGAAUGCACGGAAUUCCAUAGACUCUGGAGUGCGCUUCAAUUUGUAUACUGCAUUCCCGUUGGUGAAACUGAGUUUACCGUUGAAGAAUUGUUCGGUGAAGGCUUACAUUGGGCUGGAUGCGCCAUGAUCGUUCUUCUCGGUCAGCAGCGUAGAUUCGAGGCGCUUGAUUUCUGCUAUCACAUCCUCAGAGUGCAACGUGUGGACGGUAAAGACGAGAAUGUUAAAGGAAUACAUUUGAAGAGAAUGGUGGAUCGAAUAAGGCGAUUUCAAGUUUUAAAUUCACAAAUAUUCGCCGUGCUGAAUAAAUAUUUGAAAAGCGGAGACAGCGAUGCGGCGAGCGUGGAGCAUGUGCGUUGUUUUCAGCCUCCAAUACAUCCCUCGUUGGCGCAUGCACAACAGCAGCAUUAUCACGCACCAGAAUAUUUACGUCAAAUAAAUCAUCAAUAAGUAAUCUUCAAUUGUAAAAAGACUGCAUCUUGCGCCAUGAUACAACUCGAACAAAAUUAUUCUUUAUUUUAUAAAACGAUAUUUGUAACUAUAAAAAUUCCAUACUUGGUCGAAAUAUCGUUUGUACUACCUAUUUAAUUCAAUCGCGAAUGUUACAAUGGAUGUCUUUUUACGCCAAAUUUUAUAGAAUAAUAAAACAAAAAGAGAAUGCAAAUGACGAAUCUAAGUAUUUCGUCUACUUUUGCAAGCAUGGUACAAUUUUAGUUUAUCUGUUUCAUUUUUGUAACAUUAUGAUAUAUAACACAUGGUUAAAUAGGUAAUUUAUAUUAUAUUAGCUUCAAUAAUUUAUAGGUAACAGAACUGAUAAAAUACUAUACCCAAAAUAUAAACAUAUUACGAUGUAACAACCCAUCAAUGUAGUGGAAUAUGUACGAAUCUGUAUUGUAAGAUAUUUUAAGUUUAUAUAAUUGAAACACAAAGUAUUAUAUAUGAGUAUUAUUCAUAUCACACGUAAGUUUGUGUAACACUACUUAUGUACCAACAAUUAUGUAUAAAAUGCACAUGUUUUAUAUAA